AAUGCGAAUCGUAACAGAAAAAUAAAAAACAAAGAUUUUUUUUUAACUCUCAAUUUAUUCUUCCGAUUGUGAUUGUUUAGACAUUUUUUAAUUUGCUCGCUCAAUGAUUUAAUAUCCAAAAUGCAGGACUUCACGAGUUUGAACAUAAUAUUUAUAAUAAGUGGUGGAGUGUUGACUUUCGUGAUCCUGUUCAUCUUUGCCAAGAGGCAGAUAACAAGGUUCGCCCUUCGGUCUAGGCGAGGCCCUCACAUCCCUAUCGGAACUGAUGCCAAAAAAUGCCUGAAGAAAGAGCUAGAGCGUCGCAUAGAAGCGGUACCUCGCAUAAUGCACGAGCCGCGGCUGCUGAGCACGGAGCCCUCGCACUACAUCCUGGAGCCACAACAGCCAUACCACUACAGGUUCAGAGCUGUGGAUGAUGUCAAGACUCUUGAAGAGGAAAUAGCUCGCCAAGAUCCUGGUCUACGCAGACAUCCUCGAGAGUCCCUCCGAGCCUUCCUCCUGUCAUCUCUCGCCGCCCCCCUCGACGGGCGCGGUCAGAAGCUAGUGCAUCAGUUCUGUGACACCUAUGAGUUCGCCAGGCACCACCCUGGAGAGUUCGGGGAAGAUGAAUACACGGCUUACAGCAGGCUGCUGUUGAAAUUGUUAGAUGCAGCGCGGCUGCUGGGCCGCGUGGGCGGGUGCGUGGGCGGCGGGGGGCGGGCGUCGCCGGUGCGGCGCGGGCGGCUGCUGGACGCCGCGCGCCUGCGCCCCGCGCUGCCGCGGCACAACAACCUGCCUGCUGCGCUGCAUAAGCAUUAUACUGCCUUAGAGAACAUGCCAAUAGACUCAAAACUGGAGGACGAAAUCAUCAGGAUCCCAGUAAAGAGUCCUACCGAGCCGCUGGUGAAGGCGCCGGCAGACGAGACGGCCGUCUGAGCGCGGCUGCAGCGCCACCCCGCGCAGACGCUGUGAGAUGAACGUUGCUACGUCAUCGGUGAUUAGUGAACGGUGAACUGUUUAGUGAGUGGUGAUGAGAGUAGGGUGAUGUAGUGGUGAUAGGUCUAGGUGCAAUAUGAAUAGUUAUGUUACUCAAGUGUAUUAUUUUAAAGCAUUUACGAUAUUUGUAGGUAAAUAGUAAAUGAUGAUGAUAGACAAUGGUGAAUAAACAGGCCUACCAAUCAAUCAAUUUUGGUAGUUAAUGGUGAUGACAUUAUGUAUUUGCAGGAAGUGAUAGUUGUAUAUGGUGAAAAAACAAUAAAUUAAUAUGUUUUUAAGUGAAAUGGAACACUUAAUAUUUAUUCAAAACAGUAAAAGAACAUUACUAUUAGUUAUACACCACAAUAGUGACUGGUGAUGGUAAUGAAUGAUAGUUGAUUGGUGAAAUAAAUAUAGUCUGUUGUACUUAUCAGUGUAGUAAGAAAAAAAAUUACAGAAAAAUUGACAAUUCAAGAAUGAUAAAUACCAAUUAUGUACAUAAGACUCAUGUGAUUGAACUUUCUAAUUGUGCACCAAAAUAGUGUCUGGUGAUGCUAAGAGUGGUGAAAAAUAUGCGAUAUAAUUAAAACUGAAUAAAAACUCUAUAAGCAGUGGUAAUCAGUGACAUUCCAUAUAGACAUUUAGCAAUUACUGUAAUUUUCAUGAUGUCAAUGACUUGAUGAAAUGAAAUUGACUGUUUUUUAAAGUGUGAUAAAAAAUGGACAAUUCAUGGGUGAUAAAUGACAUUUCUGUACAUGAGACAUAGUGAUUGAACAUAUUAAAAUACGAGUGAUUAAUGUUCCAAAGAACUUUUUCCGUCUUAUCAGGACAUUUGGUGCAAUAUUGUGCAUUUAUGAGUGGUGAGAAUAUCGUUAACUAAGAAUUAUUUAUAACAUGUGCGAAGAAUAAAAUAAAUAAAUAUGGUAUGUGACUUUCAUGUAAAGAACUAUCAGACAUUAUAAGUUGAAGUGAGGGAACUAUAGUUAAUUAUAAGUAUUAGGCGAGAUGGUGAUAAUAGUGAAAGAUGAACAAACCACAUUUUGUUGAUGGCGAUGAUGACACUUGAUAAUAAGUGUGGUGAGUGAUAAUGACACUUUACAAUAAACAGUUAUAGUGAGAAUUGCAUUGUCGGUGAAGAGUUUUAAUGUAUUUAUUAAUGUAUGAAUGUAAUAUAAUAAUUUUAUACCUAUGUACAAACAUGUCAUCAAUGUAUGGUGUUUAGAAAUGUGUAUCAAUUAUUUAUUGCUUGCAAUCUAUGGAUUGUACAGCACUUUAAAAAAGAAUCUUCAACUGUGUCUGUAUUUCAAAUACUUUGAUGUUGUCGUUAAUACAAUACUUUGUGAAUGUAUAGAUUCUAUUCUAUUCUAUUUGCCAUAGAACUGCAUCAUGAAGGUAAAUAUUGAACCGAUUUUGAAAAUUUUACCUGCAAAAAGUAUAAUUAUAUCAUUUUAAUCAGCUGUAGGAAGUAGUUCCCGUGUGUUCCCGAGUAAAUCUAUUUCUUUAACAUAUCAGAUUAUCUUCCAAAGAAUGGUAAUCUAUUAUUAUCUAAAUGUAUUUAAACUCAUUCCUAAUUAAAUUAUAAUAAGUGAUAUAGGAUAUCCAAUAUAAAACAUAAUAUGUGUACUAGCUUAUAGCAUUUUUAUUUGGUCAAAACAGUCACGGUGUUUAAAGUAACCAGUGUGCGCUAUCUAAACCUAUUCGAAUUUGACUAGAUAAUAAUUAUAUUAUAUGUCGUCAAUACAAAUAUUCAGUCGAUGAUAUACAUUAAUAUAAGUCAGAUAAUACAAGUCAUGCUUAGUAUAUAACUUAAAUAUUUAUUCAUCAAUAAUGAUGUCUCGACCGAAGUGGCUCUCCCUGUAGGAAAAUAAUAAAAAACAUUAAUAAUGAAACUGCUACUUAUAGAAUCAACAAUAAAUCCAAUCAAGUUAA